AUGUCAGACCAAAUUAAAGAAUUUGUUGAAGUACCAAGACAAUUUGUUAAAGAAGGAACACAGUUUAUAAAUCGAUGUACGAAACCUGAUCGCCGGGGUAUUUAUUUUUCAAAUUAUGGGAUUCAUUGGGUUCUUCGUAAAGUUGAUCCAUAUUCCGAUCAAUAA